UAUCAUGGCGGCCUCCGGUCAGAAACACGCUUUAUCGUUUAAAAUUUUAGCCACGUGUUCGACGACUAAAGCUAGAACUUCGAUAUUAUCUUUGCCUCACGCUGUCGUAGAAACUCCAGUUUUUAUGCCUGUGGGAACUCAGGGAACUCUGAAAGGUUUGCUUCCCGAACAAAUAGAAAGACUUGGAUGCAAUCUAAUUUUAGGCAAUACUUAUCACCUUGGUACUAGACCUGGUCAAGAAAUUUUAGAAAAAGCUGGUGGACUUCAUAAUUUUAUGGGAUGGAAAAAGGCAUUGUUAACAGACAGUGGAGGUUUUCAAAUGGUUUCUUUAUUAAAGUUAUCUAAAAUAACAGAAGAAGGAGUAGAAUUUACUAAUCCUUAUACUGAUGAAAAAAUGCUGCUUUCUCCAGAGAAAUCAAUAGAGAUACAAAAUACUAUUGGAGCAGAUGUAGCAAUGCAACUUGAUGAUGUUGUCAGCAGUACAGUAAGUGGUCCAAGAGUUGAAGAAGCAAUGCAUCGAACAAUACGUUGGUUAGAUAGAUGUCUGAAAGCCCAUAAAAAACAAAAAUCACAAAACAUCUUUCCUAUUGUCCAAGGUGGAUUGGAUAAAGAAUUAAGAAAAAAGUGUGCAGAAGAAAUUAUCAAGAGAGAUGUUGCUGGUUUUGCUAUUGGAGGACUGAGUGGUGGAGAAUCAAAAGAUAGCUUUUGGAAAAUGGUUGACGUCAGCACCGACUUGCUACCUAAUGAUAAACCUCGUUAUCUUAUGGGUGUUGGAAUGGCUGUUGAUUUAGUUGUAUGUUGUGCAUUAGGAUGUGAUAUGUUUGAUUGUGUUUUUCCAACAAGGACAGCCAGAUUUGGAUCAGCACUAGUUAUAGAAGGACAGUUAAACUUGAAAAAGGAAUGUUAUGCCAAAGAUUUUCAACCCAUUGAUGAUAAAUGUUCUUGUUCCACAUGUACUCAUUAUACUAGAGCUUAUUUACAUUCCAUUGUCACACGUGAAACAGUUGCCUGCCAUUUACUUUCUGUUCACAAUGUAGCAUUUCAGAUGAACUUAAUGAGGUCAAUCCGUGAAAGCAUCAAAGAAAACAAGUUUCCUGAAUUUGUUAAAGAAUUUAUGCAGAAAGUCUAUCCUGAUCAUCGGUAUCCUAAAUGGGUAUAUGAUGCAUUGCUCUCUGUAAAUAUUCACUUACCCAUGGUUAAUAGUUGAUAAUUAUUGAGGAUAAUUAUUUAAGUCCAAAAAUUUUAUUGGUUUUAUGACAAAAUCAAAUUUUAAUAUAUUAUCAUUCCAAAAGCUUUUUAUUUUUCUUUUAUUUUUGUUUGAAUUAAUUAACUUUUUACAGUGAUAAUACUUCAUAGCAAGUGAGACUUAUUAUU